CAGAAAACAUGCUGCCGCUUCUGACCUUGCUAUUUGAACUCUUGGUGCCAUAUUCAGCCCAAGAGCAGAUAGUCAACAUUGAAGCCAAAUGUGGCACAGAUGCAUCUCUGCCGUGUAAUGCAGACUUCAGCACCAACAAAUACUUUUCUCUCACAUGGUACAAGCAUGACAAAGAGGGAAUCAUCAGAAUAGCCCUGGAAAACAAGCAACGCCGUUAUUAUGGUUUUCCUCGAGACAUGACCUUAGACGAGCAGAACUACAGCCUGCUGCUCCCAAAGGUAACGCCUGCAGACUCUGGGAGGUAUGAGUGUGCGGUCAGUGCCAAGCCCGGGGGACAGAACCUCAAACUCCAUGUGAUGCUAACUGUGCCUGAAUGUGAGCCUGAUGUUACGACUUCAGCAACCACAGUGCAGGUAGGGGAAACCGAGAGGACACUUUUAAAUGUGACACAACCCCAACACCUGCCCCUCACCUGGAGCCUGGUUGGGUACAGCGCUAUUGCACUCACCAAAAUCCUCCUGUCCAUGAUGAUUAUAUGGGUUUUUCAUAUUUGCUCGAGGCCAAAAAGAAGACGGUGUAGAAGCCUCAUCAGAGAAAAAAAUAUUUAAAAUCCUGAUGAAAAAUUUUGUUUUUCUGGUGGAAACUC